AACAGGAAGAGACUAGAGGGCUGACAGGCAGGCAGAGAGAGAGUGAGAAAGAGCUUGUCACCGUGAUAUGUGAAGCAUAACUGAUAGGAAUUAGUUCUCACGAAGAAAACUGUCGUGAAUCAGUGAUGCCAUCCCUAAUCAGUGUGGACACAAGAAGAUGAUGUUUAUCAGAAACUGAACUCCAGCCAAACACAGGUUUACACUGAGACAGACGUAAAUGGAUGUUGUCAUGGAAUACCCAGGGGUCAAAGUUGAAACAGUUGAAGAGGAGCAUUUGGAGGAUCUAAUCAUUAUUAAGGAGGGGGAUGUUGAGAGAGUUGUUGAGGGAGGGACAGAGCCAAUAACAGGCAAGAGCAACGAUGAAGACUCCAGUGCGGAAGAGGAUGCCACCGCCAGACAUGGACAGAUUGGAAAAGCCAACACUGAAAGUGGAGAUGGAGACAAAAGAAAAAAGGAUAACCAAAUAAAUCAAGCAAAAGGAGAGACUGGGACAGAGGAGGGGGUUGAGCACAUUAAAGGGAUGGAUGAAUUGGUAAUGGAUAGACAGAAAAUGGAAUGCAAGAAAGAGGGGAUGGUGAUGGUGGAUAUAACAGAAAAAUACAAAACAGCAGAACAAGAUUUGGAGACGGACAAACCAUCACAAGGAUUACAAGUUGGCACAAAUAUACAUCUUCCCUCUGACCAGUUGCCCAAAGAUACGCUGAGCCCAGAGCAUGCCCAAAAACAGGCUCAACGGUUAACCCCUUACUUCCCAGACGCUCUGUAUGACCUGGUCUUUACUCUGCAAGAAGGAAGACGACUCAAUGACCAGCGGUGCUCGUUCAGAGGGAGGAGAAGGUGCCAUUCUGAACCCAACACCUACAUUCCAGCCCACAGAGCCCACAGAGUGCAUUUCUCCUCAAUGACCUCGCUGCAGAAAGAUGAGUUCUUUGACUUGCUGGCUACCUCCCAAGGCCGUCGGCUUGACGACCAGCGGGCGGAACUACAUGACACCCCACCGCCUAAGCCGAAAGCCAAUAAGAAGAGGAGCAGUGUAAAAGAUACAAAGCCCAAAAAGUCUGCUCCAAUUGCAGUGCAGAACGAGGACUUGUACAAUAUGAUUCUCAUGUCGCAGGCCCAGGGUAGGCUGGAGGAGCAGCGCAGUGCGGCCCCGGGCCCUAUGGAUGAUGAAGACUUCUUUUCCUUACUGCUGAGUGUCCAGGGAGGACGCAUGGAGGACCAGAGGACUGAGCUGCCUGGGAUUGUGGGAACCUGAGAGAGACACAUGCUGGAGAGAUGGGCUCAAAUGGCUCAGAGUAUGUGGUGUAGCCCUAUAGAGCAAUGGCUUUUGCUUCUUAUUCACCUGGCCAGACCAGACAUGACCAUUUUGUUCUGUUGGUCUGACCAGACAGUACCAUCUGUAUCGAUGACUGCAUCAGUAAUUUCAUUUAAAAAAAUUGUAUGUGAAUAACAGAGGUGUCAAUUCAGUUGCAUAAUGCUAUAGAGACUAAUUCCAAUGUUUGUUGUAUGAUAUUAAGCUUACAGAGUGGGCAGAUUUGUAUGUUGACUGCACAAUAAUUUGGAUGAUAGUCAAAACCCCAAAAGCUUUUGAGUGCUUCAAAUGUGUUUAUUGCAAUUUGAGGAAAUUAGUUUUGCCCAGCGCAGCAGUGACUGAGUAUGAAUGAGAGUGUUUGUGUUUCCAUGUUAUAUUUGAAUACAGCUCACGAGAAUAAACUAUGUGUUAAAGACUUGCA